AUGUCCCACUCCAGCUUGCAAAGUGCGACCAUAACUGAUACAGCUGCAAUUCCUUCAGGGGCUGUUCUCAACUCCGAAAAGCCAUUGCAGAACAUUGCAACCGAUGCAGACGAAAUCAUCACGAAAGAUUUUGGCUUGAUACCCAUACCUAAGCGGCUACGCUACGAUUCUUCCAAACCAUUUCACUUUGGAAUUGCUUUAAACAUCGCGUUUGGUUUCGCGAGUACGUUUGUUGUCGCAAAUUUAUAUUACUGUCAACCUCUGUUAAUCCAACUUUCAAAAUCUUUCAACGUUACGUACAGCGAGGUCUCAAGAAUACCCACUCUCGUUCAGGCUGGAUACGCAACAGGACUUGUUCUGAUAUCUCCUCUUGGUGACUUGGUUCGACGAAGACAGCUUAUUCUCUGCAUAAUGACACUUUCAACAACAUUGACAAUCGGCCUCGCAAUAACAAAAAGUCUUGUCGCUUUUGAAGCUCUCUCCUACCUAGUCGGCGUCGUCUCAGUCACUCCCCAAAUCCUUCUCCCACUCGCAGCGGAUUUAGCUCCCGUGGAACGCCGUGCAUCUGCCAUUUCAGUCGUACUUUCCGGACUCCUCUUCGGAAUAUUAAUAGCUCGCGUCCUCGCUGGCAUCAUCGCAGAAUUCGCGUCGUGGCGGGUCGUCUAUUAUUUCUCGAUAGGGGUACAAAGUCUCGUGCUAAUGGGGAGUUACCUCAUGCUGCCGGAUUACCCAUCGAAAAAUACAGAUCUGACCUACUUCCGCAUUUUGUGGACUAUGGGAAAGUUCGCCGUUACGGAACCGAUCUUGAUACAGGCGUGUCUCAUCAACAUGGCUUCAAGCGCUUGCUUCAGCAAUUUCUGGGUUACUUUAACGUUUUUGCUUGGGGGCCCACCAUAUAAUUACUCGACGUUGGUCAUUGGACUCUUUGGGCUUGUGGGGAUGGCUGGCGUAGCUAUGGGGCCGGUCGUCGGACACAUUAUAGAUAGAUUGAUUCCGUGGUAUGCAUCGCUCUUCAGCAUCCUUACGCUUCUUUGCUUCCAAAGCAUACAAUUGGGAGCAGGAGGCGUAAAUGUUGCAGCUGUCAUUAUCGCGGCGUUUGGGUUGGAUAUAUUCCGGCAGAUGUUGCAGGUUUCUUUGACUACGGCGGUGUUUGGAAUUUCUGUUUCUGCUCGAGCCAGACUGAAUGCCGUAUCAAUUUUAUCGAUAUUCAUUGGCCAAGUCAUGGGCACUUCCGUAGGGACUCUAGUUUUCGUGAAGUACGGCUGGCGAGCUGGCGCAGGGCUCUCAGUAGCCUGGACUGGGUGGAUACUCUUGGUCCUUCUUGUGAGAGGUCCCCAUUGCCAGAGGUACACUUGGUUUGGGUAUGAAGGUGGCCUUGAGUCACGGAAGGCUGGACUAGAGACGUUUGAAGAAGAAAAAAAUGGAACUUCUGUAAAUUUCCCUCAACGAAGUGAUGUGAGCGGGCUAGACUGGCCUUGA